AUGCCUGAAGAAAAGAGACCUUUAGAAGAUUCUCUUAGUAAUGAUGAAAGUAAGAAGAAAUCGAACAUACAAACUGACAGUGGCUGUGGUACAAGUUGUGAUAGAGGAGACUCUGGGACUUCUGAGUGUGACAGUAAAGAGGUGAAAUUGUUCAAUGGAGUUGAAAUAUCCAAACUAACGAAACGACAACGGAAAAAAUACAUGAAAUGUCUGAAAUGGGACCAAGUAAAAAAAGAAAAACGCUUGAAAGAACGUCUCAAAAUGAAGGAAAAAAAAUACCAAGCAAAACUAAAUAACAUAGAUUUAGGUCCUAGUCGAAAGGAAUUGAAGAGAAUCAAAAUGAAAGACAGUCCUUGCAAAGUAAGUGUAUGCAUAGACUUGAGUUUUGAUGAGCUGAUGACAGACAAGGAUAUGGCAAAAACAAUCAAGCAAAUCUUGCGAGUGUAUACUGAAAAUAGAAGAUCUAAAACUCCUAUGCAGUUACACUUGAGUAGUUUCAAUGGGAGGAGUAAAAAAGAAUUCAGUAGGCACCAUGGUUAUGAACACUGGGACCUCAACUUCCAUUCUAUAGAUUAUAUUGAUAUUUUCCCUAAAGAGAAUCUAGUUUACUUGAGUAGUGAAAGUGAUAAUGUCUUGAGUAAAUUAGAUGAUGAAAAAAUUUAUAUUAUUGGUGGACUGGUUGACCACAAUUCCCAAAAGGGUAUAUGUUAUAAUAAGGCAGUUGAACAAGGGAUAGAUCAUGCAAAACUACCAAUUGAUGAGUAUUUUUGGAUGAAGCAUAGAAAAGUUUUGACAAUUAAUCAAGUUUUUGAGAUUUUACUGUAUGUUAGUAAAGGAAGUACAUUCAAAGAAGCUUUUGAACAAAUCCUGCCAAAACGAAAACAGAAAGUAGCUACAAAUAAUGAAACUGAUGAAGAUAAGUCAAUUGAAGAUGAUGAAAAAGGUGUUGACAUCAUGACUGAUAAUGAAAAGAUUAUUAAUCCAGGUGAUGCAACUGCAUUUCAGAAUUCCCAGGAGACAGAAAAUGGAAACUCAUUAGAUCUUCCUCUAUGUACAAAUAUAUGA